UGUGGAAUCUGACAGCUGAGUUUGCUAACAGAUUUGUUUUCUCUAUGAAAUAAUUAACGAAGGAUAUUUUUCUUAUGAAUACUGGUAUUUCUAGAAUAGUUUAUUAAUCGAAGUAACUCUUUACGAUGGGCAGUUACGCGAAGGCCGUAAUGGUUGGUUAUAUAUGCCGUUUGUGUUCCGAGCAGAAGAAAAAAGUUAUCCACUUAUAUAGCAGCAAAGCCCAAUCUCUGAAACUUCUAGAAAAGAUAAAAUUACUGCCUAUUACAGUACAGAAAUAUGAUAAUUUACCCAAAACUAUUUGCGAAACUUGCAUUGAAAGAUUAGACACACAAUAUAAAUUAAUACAAAGAAUUCGGAAAAAUAAUAUAAUCCAGAGAAGUCAUAGGAUAUUUCACAGCAAUGGAAGGUGCCCUGUUGAAUGUCCCUUGCAUGGGACAGUUGAUCCUUCUUGGUCUGACGACAGUGAACCAUCAGGUUCUACUAGUUGAAAUUUUAUUUAUAUCAUAAGUGUAUCGUUUAUACAUUUCUAUUUUUGUAUAAAAUGAGCAAGUAUUGCUGAUGAAAAUAUUUACUUGGUUUCUUUUAUCGCUAUGUGUAAUUUAACGGAGAAGUUUUAAUUUUGGUAUUUAUUACAGUAGAAUACUUAUUUUAAAUAAUUUUACUAGGAGAUUUUUUCAUUGCCUUUUGCACACUGGCCGUCAUUAUGCAGUCUUAAAUGUGUCAUUUUUGAAAGUAAACUGUGAUUAUGUGUUUUAUACUGAGUUGUUAGAUUAUCUGUGAUAAAAAUACUUCACAGUUUAUAUUGUAGAUAUCUGGAAAUAGCACGGAAAGGCUAUAAUAUAUAAUAUGAUUUUUUGC